GCUAGUUAUGUCUGACUGUCAAGCAAAGGCCUAACACACCCCACUCAGGACUAUCUCUACAUUGCUCUAAUAAAAAACAAUUGAUAUGUCAUGCCAAGCUCAAGAUACAGGAGCUGUUAAAUACAAAUGCAGUAAAAUGUCAAAUAAUCGGAGAACGCGAUUGCGGGGAUCCUAAAGCAAGACAAAUGAAGUGCUGCUAGGAAAUGUUUUUUAUAAGGGCUAGACCCAGUUGCAUGCCUCACCCCCUAGCGGUAACAAUGUUGCAGUCGCAUGGCUGUGUACCUGUGUGGUGCCUGUUGCUAUAUCAACCGGUGACUGCGUCCCGGAAGACCAAUCCCAGAGACUUCAUGGUGUAAAAUUCACGGUAUAAUGGAGACAUCUACCCGGAGGCAAGCCGGUGGAGGACUGUGGAACUGUCCUAAACAGACACAAUACAGCAGGGAGACUCAAGACAUGCUCAAAUUGAUGAUGCAAGAGUCAAGGCUCACUAACUUCCAGCAGAGACAGAUUAACGAACGUCUCAAAAAGGGAGCAGCAUUGCCGUUGACCUGUAACCCCACGUCCUCGGCCCCACCCCCUCCACCCCCUCCCAAAAUCAUCAAACCUGGGCCAGAACGUCUAUCAGCCAAGCCUCAGAGGCGCAGCGCUGAUAAGUGUAGUUCAGGGGACAACUACACCAGAGAUAGGUUCCGCCCCAGUGCCCCAUGGGAUCUGGAGAAGGAGAAGCGAAGGCUUCAGAACAUCCUGGCCACGGGGCAGGAGGAGCCCAGCCGGCCCAGGAAGGUACCACAGCUCCAGGGCCCGGAGGUGGGGGAGGAGCGGGACCGGUUCCAGGAGGUUCUGGAUGAGAUUGAGGAAAGGAAGCAGUUUCUGGAGGAGAUGACCACUCUGGGGAAGGGCAAGAACUACUAUAACAUUAUCAACACUGAGAUAUCCCAGAAAAUCAGAGAGCUGGAGAUGAUUGACAAGGCGCUCAGUACAGAACUGAGGACCCUGACAAUGUCAGAAAAGAAGGCGGAGUCUACUGGAGAGGAGCCAGGAAGCCAAGACUGACAGACAGGAGGAUGCUGCCAUCUACUUAACACCUUGGAUUGCAGUCUUUCCUUCCGUUUAACGCAUUCUCGAAUGCUGUGAUGUACCUAAUGUUAUGAUACUGUAUGCAUCUGAAAGGGAAAACUUUUGUGUAAACUGGAUUGUAGUGGAAUAUGUGGUCUUACCUAUGAAGACACAUUGUGUCUAUAUGUGAUUGUGUGGUAACCAAAACACUGCCAAUGAAGAAAGGUAGAUGUUAUAAAACUGUGAAACAUCCCUGACAAUAAAUGAC